UCUCUGCCCAGCAAUCGCGAUACAAAGUACGAACCCCAGAGCAGAACCUCCCUCCCAUCGACACCGCAGAACCAUCACCAUGGCCGAACCCCCGCAAAAAGGUACAGCACAGUACAUCUGGGCCUCCCUGAUCACGAACCUAAACUACCUGCCGGGCCUCCUAACCCUCGCCCACUCCCUCCACCGCACCAACACCCCCUACCCCUUCAUCGCCCUCUACACGACCUCCUUCCCCGACGAAGGCGUCGCCGCCCUCCGCGCCCGCGGCAUCCCCUCCCGCGAGGUCCCCACCAUCACCCCGUCCGGGACUUACACCCACGAGCACGACCCCCGCUUCGCGGAAGCCUGGAAGAAACUCAUCGUGUUCGCGCUGGAAGACUACGCCCGCAUCGUCCUGCUGGACAGCGACAUGCUCGUGCGGCAGAACAUGGACGAGCUGAUGGAGAUCCCCCUCGAUGAGGACCGCAUCCUGGCGGCCAGCCACGCCUGCGCCUGCAACCCGCUGAAGAAGCAGCAUUAUCCGAGGGACUGGACCCCCGCAAACUGCGCCUACACAACCCAACACCCCACCCCGGACACGGCGCAAACCACCGGCCCCCCGGCGACCGCGGGCGUGGCGAUGCUCAACAGCGGGCUGCUGGUCGUGCAGCCCCGACAGGCCGACUUCGUCGCGGUGCAGACGGCGCUCCAGGACUCGGAGCAGGUCAGACGGUACGCGCUGGCGGACCAGGAGCUGUUGUCGAAUGUGUUCCGGGGCCGGUGGCGGGCGUUGCCCUAUGUGUAUAAUGCGUUGAAGCCGAUGCGCGGGGGGGGUGAGGGUGAGGGUACGCAUGCGGGGAUCUGGCGGGAUGGGGCGGUGAAGAAUGUGCACUAUAUUUUUGCGGUGAAACCGUGGCAGGUUGAUCGGGAGGAGGGGGAGGGGGAUGAGUUGCUUGGGUGGUGGUGGGCGGUGGAUGAGGAACGGCGGAGGGAGGAGGUGGAGAGGGGGGUGGUGGAUGGGUAUUAGGUCUUUUCUUUGGGGAUGGUGUUGUGACGGUAAAGUGUCUAUACCCCGGGCAUGUCCUAAAUGCGGCAUGGAUAUGACGACCCGCGAGAGUUCCGAUGCG